AUGCAGUUGGAACUUACAAAUUGGAAUCUUUUUGGUCAUCUGUAAAUACAAGCACAGAUGAUAAUUUUGAAAGUUCAGACAAUUAUUCUGAAACUGAUACGGAAACUGAAAAUUAUCCAAACCUAAGUAGCUUUAUUGAACUACUAAAGAUCGAAGUUAAGACUAAAAAUUAUAAUAAGAUUGAAAGUGCCUGCCUUCAUGCAAUAUUGUUUUACCUUCGUCUUGUGAAAUGUGGCAAAGGAAGGAUAGAAGCUAGUGUUAUCGUAGCGAAAGCUGCCGGAAAAAAUACUUACUGUGCCCGUUCAAUACGUGCAUGGGCAUCAAAUUAUAUUCAAAAUGGUGUUUACCCAAUUUCAAGACAAGGAAAAUAUCCAAAGACUUGA